GCUGACGGAUGGCGUCACCACGGCGCGCUCAGGCGCCAGAGCCAAGCCAGGCUGUCACCAGAAGGUUUCUUGGUUUCUUUUCUCUCUGCGUUUUCCCCCACCCCUAAAAGACUGACUCCAAACUCAGAGUUCCGCCACACUGGACAGAAGGGUUUACCGCGUGAGCGGCGCAGCAGGGAGAGGCUCAAGCGGCGGCAACUGCUGAUUGGCAGCAAAGGGGUUCACUCCCUAUCGCCUGCUCGAACUGAACCAGCCUAGCCAAUCAGAGCGAGGACUGACAAAAACGAUCCAAUCCUGGAGCUGGGCGGAGGGAAGGGGCGGGAACAAGUGGCCCAGGUGGACUUGGGACCGGAGCUGUCCUGGGGGAGCUGGUUUGCGGAUGCUGCUGAUAUUGCUGCAGUAGUACUGGGUCGUCAGGCAGGGCGCCCUCUCUUUGAGGGGAGUCAUGAGCCGCUUCCUGAAUGUGCUCCGAAGCUGGCUGGUUAUGGUGUCCAUCAUAGCCAUGGGGAACACGAUCCAGAGCUUCCGAGACCACAGUUUUCUCUACGAAAAGCUCUACACUGGCAAGCCAAACCUUGUGAAUGGCCUCCAAGCCCGGACCUUUGGGAUCUGGACGCUGCUGUCAUCAGUGAUUCGCUGCCUCUGUGCCAUUGACAUCCACAACAAAACGCUCUAUCACAUCACACUGUGGACAUUCCUCCUCGCCUUGGGACACUUCCUCUCAGAAUUGUUCAUAUUUGGAACAGCAGCUCCCACAGUUGGUGUACUGGCACCCCUGAUGGUAGCAAGUUUCUCAAUCCUGGGUAUGCUAGUUGGGCUCCGGUACCUAGAGGCAGAACCAGUCUCCAGACAGAAGAAAAGGAAUUGAGGCCAGCCUUGCCAGCUCUGAAAUGUCAUCGUCUUCCACCUUCGCUGUCGUCUUUAUUCACCCUCUGUCCUUACGUCAUUUCUUUUGAGUUUCAUCCUUAGCUCCUUCAUCUAGGUUUAACAUCCUAAAGCGUUUGAGAGGGUUGUUUGAUUUUUUUAAUCCUUGGGUGUUUUUUUUUAAUGUUUUUAAAUUUUUUAAGGUAUUCAUUCAUAAGAAAAAAUACGUAACAUGUAUGUAUAACUUAGAGUCAUUUAAAAAAUACUCUGUUAUUCCUUCAAAGUGAAGGAACUCUGAGAAGCCGCCUAAUGUGUCCUCCCCUAGCUGUAACCCUCCAGGCUCCCUUUUCUAGUCUUUGGCUUUUCUCCAUGUCUCUGCAUUCCUUGAUCUGACUUGUGUGGUGGGAGCAGACCUGUGAAACUGCAGCUGCUGCCUGCCCAGAGCAGUUGCGAGCAGGGGCUGCCUCAGGGGCUGAGCACAUGUCCUGGGCUCCUUUCUACUGCUGGACCCAAGACUCGGAACCAGCCACGGCACAGGCAGUUCUUCUGAGAAGGGCUGCCCUUGUGAGCAGGCCCAGGCUCCUCUUUUAUCUACAGGUGGAUGAAGGUUGGAAGAGUCUGGGCUGUUUUUAGACCUUUUGGUCAGUUGUAUUUGUGUAAUGCAUUUUAUAAUAAAUAGGGAAACCUAUUCUGA